AAGAGAGACCAUCACCGUCACUACCAUCUAAUACGACUACGCAUAAUCCCAACGACGACAUGGUCUAGACCACGACUUCGUCAGCAGCAUCAUCAUUGACCCAGACACUGGGAAUAGCAUCUUCCGGUCUACACAUAACCUUGCCCGGAAUCUUCUCUUCACAGCAUCGGCAGAUCCUUCCCUACAGAUCUUGAGCCUCAACCGCUGCCUGGACAGGGCCUCAGUUGUCUCAAUGUCGUCGUAGCAUUGGUAUAGAUACUCGCAGUUAUACCACGUUCCAGAGCUACUAGUUGUAGCUGUCUCCUGCCGCCAUGGCUCCCACCACAUUUGCGCGGAGCAAGUCAAUACGUCUGACGAGAGCACGAACGGCGGACAAUCUAGAGACCGAUCCUAUCACAGGCGAACUUUUGAACAGCUCGGCUCCGCUCAUGCGCACGACCUUCAGCGACCUCAAAAACCGAGAUGCGCGCCAGGCUUUACGACAACAAUUCAGCAGCGCGUUCAUUGACAAUGCAGAACCCUUGGAUGAUGAGCCGACUUCGCCUAUCCCGGCCUCUGCUGUCACAGAAACAUCUAGCACGAAUUCCUUCCUCCACCCAGAGAGCAAUCUCCGCGGUAACCUCCCGAGAAGUCGGACGGCUCCUACCUUAUCCGCAACACCUAUGCCGACUAUUGUUGAGCCUUCACGACUCGCUACGGUCGCCGAGGGUCCGAGUCAACUGGAUGUGGAACAGGCCAUCAAUUUGCUAGAGCAAUUGAAAAAGACCGCCUCACCGGAACAAUUAGUCGCGUUACAUCGCGCGCUCCUUCCUACCAAGGAUGUCAUCACUCCCGUCACACCCAUGUUCCCUGCUGACGCACUGGAUAUACCUGGACCGGCUCCUCGGUCGCGCCAGAGUGCUCUUGGCGUACCGGGCCUUGCCACGCGACCCAGCGACGACGAUGACGUUUUGCGCAAACCUUCGAGUGAGUUUCUAUUGAAACCGGUACCUGCGACUGCUCGGAGACGGAAUCGACGCGGAGAUGGCGACAAGAGUAGAGGUGGUGGUGGUCUAUAUUCUCCCGACUUUUUUCGUCUGCCUACCAUGCACGAGGUCACCCGAUCCGAUACGCCCGAAUUAAUUUCACCCGCUCCCGGAGCAUUCCAAUAUGGAUCUUUACGAAUCACGAAUGGCGAGACGCCUGCUUCUCCAGAUCCGUCACGGCAACUCCCCACGCAACUCGCGCAACGACCCUUGGCGCAGCCUCCGCAUUCACCUGCCAGUAUUGACUCUGCCAUGACUCCCGAGACGCCAGUGGAUCCUUACACGCCUGGAGCUGACAAUAGAAGUCGUUCAGCGAGCCGGGACGAGCAGAGUGCAAUGGAUGCGUCUAUAGCCCAAAAGCUGCAGGAAGAAGAACGGCAAUGGAACGCGAAUGCGGCAGCACAGCAAUUGUCGCGCGAGGAAGAGCAUCGUUGGCAAGGUGAACGUGUACAAGGCGGCUCGAUAGAUUCACAACGACAAUCUCCUUCCAGGUCACUGCCACGCGAUCGAUCAAUCAGUCCACAACCGCAAAGAUUCCCGCGAAGUCGGCUCGAUCGGCAAUCAGAUAGUAGACACGGAAGCGAUAGUGCGCCCGUUUCGCCCAUGCAUCCGCAUGAGAUGAACUUUCCGAACGAGGGUAGCGAGAACCAACCCCCGCAAGUUCAGAAUUCCAUGCUCGCAUUCCGCCAGUCACUACGGAGUGAGCUUCCACUGCAGGCGGCCGUAGCCACGAACAACCUUGCCUCCUACGCCGAUCGUCCGCUUAACAGUGCAUCAUAUCUGAGCGACUCGCGAGGGCCAGGGACACCUCUAACCCCAAUGUCGAUCAGCACAGUGGGCGAGUCAGUAGAUGGUACGGAAUAUGGCGAAGCAGAGAUCAUACAUCGUGACGCACGGACUGUUGCGCUAUCACGAUUGACGGGUGCAAUGGUCGUUCGACCCAGCAUGCUUUUGCAGCAAUCGCAGGUCCCAGCUUCUCCUUCACCCUCCGACUCCUCUGCCAAUGAGCCGAAAUCGCUACGGUCAACUGCAACGGAAGCCACCCGCCAGAGCUUCACGCGUCAACAGGCGCCCUCCGCCUCAGAUAGUGGUUACAGUAGCUACGAGAUGUCGUUUCCAAACGAACGGAAAGAUUCGGAGUCGGCUCCGAGAUCCCCUGGUGGCCUCCGGUCUGACGACAAUACGACCCCCACCCUGCCACGGCUGCAGCCCGCGGAUCCAACGAAUGCGGCCCUUGUCAUUGCACCCGCCUCGGCGUCCACGACUCAACACAAAUACCGCUCUUCCAUAGCUGACGAUCAGCGAAAAUCGUUCAAGGACUUCUUGACCGCUCCUCCUGGAGCACCCACACCGGCCCUGGCGCCAUCCGCGCCCUCAUCACAGACAUCACCCACAGCAUUGAACGACAAUUUGUCAAUCACGAGCGAUGCAAGUACACAAGACAGUAAUUUCGGGGACCGUAGGAAAUUACAGAAGCCAAUGCCGCUCUCUGUGAUCCGGAAGCAGCGCGAAGAGCAAGAGAAAGCUGAUGCGGCCGCGCGAGAAGCGGCUGCGUUGGAACCAGCGGCGCCGCCAGCAGGAGCAGUCGCAAGCCUCAAUCGCCACUCCCGCCUCUUCGAACAACAGCUACAAGAUAGCUCGCGUGUUGUUGUGAACGGCUCCGAAAUGUCCUUUGCCCCCGUUGCGCUUCCAUCAAACGACCACAACAUUGUUAUUCCCGCGGAGCCGCCGCACAAGGAUACGUACUCAAACCAUUCCAAAUCAGUAUCCUCUUCCACGACGGCUACCACUGCCACGACUGCCUCCUCGAAGACUGCACGUGGGAUAAACGGCAAGGCUUCUCGAGGUCGGAAAAGCGAUGCUUCUUCCAAGACGACGGCAACCACUGCUACCACAGGCCGCGAUUACUCCCCGCAUGAUGCGUCGGAUAGCGCUGGUGAUCGCAAGGGCGGAUCAUCCUCGUGGUCCUUUGCUCGCUUGCGCAGUAAAUCUCGCGCUCGUCAGGCUGCGGAAGCUGAGGCCAAAAGAGCAGAUGCUGCUGCCGCUGCGGCGUCUUUCCCGUCAUUGCCGAACCUUGACAAGUAUAAUGAUGCAGAGAGCUUGCCACGGCCGGAGUUCGUCGUACGCGAUCGCACCGAUUCAACGGGUAGCGGCAAAAGCGGUAACAGCGCGAGGGACCGUUUACCAUGGAAUCGGAAGGACACGAAUGCUCUGCCGGCAAAUGCUGCAACGUCGUCAACUACUAAUCAAAAUGCGCAGAACAACUCUUCGUCGUCUCAAUCUGCGGUCCGUCCCAGGACGGCCGGUUCGCAGUAUCCCCCAACUCUGUCACUCAAUCUAUCAGGCGAUGCUGUACGGUCGACGACCUCCUUUGACCACACAUCACAACAUCGACCAACACAACGGCCUCAGGAACAACAGCGAAGCAAUAGCAAUCUUUCCGCCUCGGAAAUGCUCGAUCGGACUCUUACAGUGGGCGCGUCGAGGGAUAUUGCGCCUCCACUCCCGUCGCCCUUGUUCCCGCCUGCCGAUCCUCGUCUCCGCAGCACCGCCUCGAUGAUGAAUGGUGGAUAUAGCACUUUCCAGGAUCGCAGUGGCAUGUGGCCAUCAACACCCGGUCCCCAACCGACUUCUCAGCGUAAUGCUACGAAUGACUCUGGGCGCCCCAAGACAUCGCACGCAGAGGAUGCGUCUUCAUCGAGGAUCCAACGCGAGGGUGGUGGAAGGCCUAGAGGACCUAGCUCGCCUGCUCCUGCUCCAGUACCCACCCUUGAAGACUUCCCGGUGGUCUCCGCGAAAGUGCUCGAGGCGAAACGUCUGCUGCAACAACGUCGAGCGGAAGAGGAUAAACAGGCUCGGGAUCUUGCUGCUGCCGGUCGCAAUGCUCCCGAAAAUUCGUUAUCGCCCGUCGCGGGACUCGGUAUUGGUUAUGAUGCCCUCUCGGCUUCAACAUCUCCUGUUCUUGCGGCUUUGCGCACAUCCAUGGAUGAUCGACGCGACCAUGUUCGAAAUAUGGAUAGCGCGAAAGCUGAUACGCCCGUGGAAUUCUCGUCGCUGGACGGAUCUGUGACUUCGACGGGAAAGCCCCGUGGUAAGGGUGGCUGGGAGGCACAGGUCAAGAUGAUGCGGAAGAAGAACCUGGAAGCUCUGGGUGUAGGAGUUGAUGGCGAUGCUAACGAGGACGGAGCCCAACUCAGGAGAGUCGACACUGGCUCUUCGAUGGGUACGACGACCGCUUCAAUUCCGAAGAGUGCAACCAUGCCUUCAUUGCCAUCGACUACGAAUACGGCUGCCGCGGCGGCCAAGACGCAGAAUAUGAUGAUGUUGAUGAACCUCUCGGAUGACUCUCACCGUCGACAGAGGGAGUAUACACCGGCAUCUGUGCUCUCAUCCUCGUCGCCUUCCACGCAACUCUCUGCCUCGCCGCUACCGAAUAGCUUGCAGCUCGGACAAGAAAUAGCUCUGUCAUUCCCCAUGACGCCGCUGCACCGGCCCACGACCUCUUCGACUACCGGAUCCACUCCGGCUGACGAGCUCAGCGAGAUUUCCGCGCAAUUCCCUCAACCUCCGCCCGCAAAUUCGAAUCGCAUCAUGGCACAAUCCACCUACCUGGCGCUUAGCAAUGGUGGUGGACUUCGUGCUCAUCCGCCUUCACCACUGCCGCUGUCCAUGCAGCCGGAUAGAUUGCCGCUCGAUUUCCCUCAGCACCAGGCUAAACCUGCCCCACAGCAGCAGAGGCAACAUCAGCAAAAGUAUUCUUAUGAUUCUCGUUUCGAUGAAACCCCUUCAUCACAUUCUGAAAAGGGCACGAUGACUAGCUCUACAUUCGUUACCGUGCAGAGCGGGAACGCGGAUCGUGGUGAUCCUCGAACGCAGCAUUAUCAACAGCAGCAGCACCGAGGGCAGCCGGUUCGUGCUGACAGUGCUCAGUCUUCGACUUCUUCUGCCACGACGUCUUCUGCUUUCUCCAACACAUCCGGGACGACUAGUCGCACGACCAUGAAUUCUUCUGCGAGUGCAGCUGGUGGCAAUAACAGUACUGGCUACAACCACUUCCACACGAACAGCAAUGCAACCACGAACAGCAAUAAUUAUAAUUCUCACCAAGGCCCACAUCACACCCACACCACCUCGAAUCGAUCAUUGGGUAACAACAACAGCAAUAACUACGUCCCUCCGCCUUCUCUGGCAGCACCCAUCCCCUCCUCUCCUCAGUCCACGAACGUUGCCAACAGUAGUAGCUUUCAGGCUGACCGGUUCCGCGCCAAAGUUGCUGCUAAGACCUCCGCUGCAGCUCUCAUGAUCCGCUCCGCCCACCAUCCCGCUCCCCUUCCACCGCCCGCCUUCGCCGCACCCUCCCCUCCUGGUGGACCUCACGCCCGCGCCAAAGUCCCUCUCCUGGCCGAACAACUCGCCCGCUCAGGUCUCCCGCCGGUAGUCACCAAUCUUGGAUCUUUCGGCAGCAACAACAACGGCAUGAGCGGACCUAGCUCUAGCUCGAUCUCGCCGCUGGGGAGUUCUCCGCUGGGCAUGACCAUGGAACGCGAACGUCAACAGCAAUCUCAAACAUCUCAACCUUUCCAGAAUGGCACCCAACGUUUCGCUCCCACCGCCCCUGUCUCCCGCCAUCAACAUCAACCCUCCAUCGACGACCUCGCUGCCUCGGCGUCAUCCGCAAAUGACCACGCUGGUCCAGGCCCCAUGACAACCGCCUCCAUGGCCUCCGCGGCAACCGCUGCGUUGGCCAUGGACCACCGAUUCAGCGGUGGGUUCCAAUACGGCUGGGAUCGGGAACAAGGUUUUACGGGCUCAGCGGGGACGAGUUCUCCCACUAAAGUUUCGGCUGGUCCUACCACCACCGGACAGAGACAUGGUCGAGGCGAGAGUAGGGAUGCUCGCGGAGAAGCGAAGAUGACUGGAUUGCCGGCGAAUCGAAGGAGUGUGGUUAUGAGUGAUGGAUUUGGAGUGGAUCUGACGGAUGUCCCGGUGUUUUUGAGGCGGGUGGAGAGAUGAUCUUUGAUUUCUGGAUUUCCUUGAAUUCUUUUGCAUUUCAGUUCAUUUUUUGGGCCUGCUUUUACUUAUUCCCCCAUCAUCCGAGAUUUACCUCACGUGUUUUUGAGUUUCAUAUUUCAGGGGUUCGCCUGGAGGCAUUUUUCUGAGCGUUAUUGUUUGACCUCAUUUGUUUUGUUUCGGGGAUGUCAUAGGGCAUGCAUGUAGCAUGGAUGAAAACACACUUUCCUCUUUUUGUUGAUGCUCUUGUUUCCACGCUUGCUGUCAUAUGUUGUCAAAGGUUGAUGUGUGAGUGCUCCUGAUCCGGCUCAGGUCGACACGAUAUGUAUGGGGAUUGGUUAGAUUGGACGGAGUGACCCGAUGACUAAUGCGAUGCGCUUGCACAAUCACAAUUCCAUUUACUAUUAGGAG